GUCUUCAUCUUCGCGAGCAACUGGUUCUUUGCAUUGGCUCAGAUCUUGAUCCUUAGCACUUCACUGCUGCGUGGGAAGAACUAUGUGAGCUUGUUGCAAGACUUCAAGAAGACCUACACCUCUGGGAUCUUCACAGAAGCCUACCUAGAUGAGAUCAUCUUGGAGAGAACGCGGCGAGCUCCACUGUCCCUCGUUCUACAGCUCUACGCCUCCUCCUUCGUCACCACAGACUUUCUGGUGGCCUCGAUCUUCACGGUAAGCCUCUUAAGCAGCUUUUGCAGUGCACUCUUGGGUGGAUUCUUGGAAAUUCACCUUGAUCUCUCGAUGUCCUCCUGGUCUCGAGUGUGAGGCUUCUGAUGGGGCCCCGACGGUUGAAACAGGUCCAAAGUUGACCCGAACGAAACGGACUUGGCAAAAAGCAUUCGUGCUUCCUUGCUUAGUUUUCAACACGAGCUUAGAGAGUGGGGUGUUUUUUUCUGGUGA